GCACUCGCGCACAGCAGCGCAAAGUAUGAGCGACUCGCUGCCGCCGAGCGUUGCGUCGCGCUGCCGUUGAACGUUAAUCCACGGGAAUCUGCGAUCGGUUAAUCGGGCAUCUGGAAUCGCCCGGAAGAUGCGUUCCCAAGAGUGAGAAGUCGGACCCAGGAGAGGAGAGCGCGUCAGAUAAGGAUCCGAGGUGGCAGGUUGCAGGCGAGCGCAGUUCCAGAAGAUGUGGCCGCUAAUCUUGGCGAUCCUCUUGGCGAGUAGCGGCACUCGGUACGCCCAGGAAACACCGGAAUCGACGGGCCCGCCCUGGAGCAGGUUCGACGACAGAGAAGGCAGAGAUCGCGACCCCGGAACGGGCUUCGGGUACUCGUGGAAUCCUGGCACCCAGAAUGACAACGUCAUCAUCAAGGAAGCGAGCUACUUCGUGGUGGCUUCGCGGAUGGUGCGGCCAGGUCAAAUCUACCGGGUGGCGGCGAACGUGCUGCGGAGCCCCUUUCCGAUGACGGUGCGGGCCUCCAUUCAGAGGAACGGCGUGGAGAUCGCGGCGGACCACCAGGAGGUGAAGGAGGGCAUCCCGGAGACCCUGUCGAUGAGGAUGCCGCCGACCUCGGUCCGGGGCUCCUAUCGGCUGCGCGUCGAGGGGAUGUACAACGGGCUGACCGGAGGUCAGGCCUUCCUCAACGAGACGGCCUUGACGUACUCCCAGCGCUCGAUGACGAUCUUCGUGCAGAUGGACAAGCCGGUGUACAUGCAGGGCCAGACGGUGCGGUUCCGCGCGGUGCCCAUCGACACCGAGCUCAAGGCCUUCAACAACCCCAUCGACGUGUACAUGCUGGACCCCUACAGGAGGAUCAUGCGCCGGUGGCUGAGCAGACAGAGCAACCUGGGGACGGUGUCGCUGACGUACCAGCUGUCGGACCAGCCGGUCUUCGGCGAGUGGACCAUCCAGAUCGUGGCCCAGAGCCAGGUGGAGGAGAAGAGCUUCCUGGUCGAGGAGUACUACCAGACGAGGUUCGAGGUCAACGUGACCAUGCCGGCCUUCUUCUUCGACACGGACCCCUACCUGCACGGGGUGAUCAUGGCCAACUACACCUCGGGCGCCCCCGUCCGGGGCAACCUGACCCUCAAGGCCAGUUUCGCGUCUCUGAACCGGGCGCAUCUGACGUCCGCCCAGGUCGAAAUCCCCGACAAGCACUUCAAUUUCAACGAGCACUACCCCGCGUGGUUUCACCAGGUGGACGCGUACGACGAUCGGACGCCGGUGCUCAGGUUCUUCAACGGCACCUAUCACUUCCGCUACCCUAUGUCCGAGCUGCUGCAGUUCGCUCCCUCGGAGCAUGGCAUGGAGGUGACGGUGACGGCGACGGUCGGCGAGCGGUUCCUCGACGAGGUGAUCGUGGGCUACUCGACCGCGCGCAUCUUCAACUCGAGCAUCAAGGUGCACUUCCUGGGGGGCUCGCCGCAGGUCUUCAAGCCGGCCAUGCCGUUCUCGGUGAACCUGGUGGCGUCCUUCCACGACGGCUCGCCGCUGCGGCGCAGCCAGCUGGCGAACGCGCGGAUGGAGCUGCGGACGGAGCUGGAGACGAGGGGCGGCGGCGGUCGCCGUUCGCUGGAGACGGAGGUGCUGCGCGCCUCCGCCGAGCACGAGGCGGUCUGGUCGCUGAGGGUCGACCUAAGGAAGCGGCUCGGCCUGGAGGAGCAGCCCCUGCGGGCCCGGCAGACCCUCGACGAGAUCGUCUCCAUGAAGAUCUACGCCGAGCUGACGGACGGCGAGGGGAACCGCGCCCGGAGCGAGCUGCUGCUGCUGUCCCACGUGUCGCCCGAGAACCGGCACAUCAAGAUCCUGACAUCGACCGAGCGUCCCAAGGUCGGCGACUACAUGAUUCUGCACGUGCGGGCCAACUUCUACCUGGAGACGUUCGACUACCUGAUCCUGUCGAAGGGCACCGUCCUGCUCCACGGCCAGGAGAGUCUGGAGCACGGGGGCGCCAAGACGAUCGCGGUGCCGCUCGGCCCGGAGAUGGCGCCCGUCGCGACGGCGGUCGUCUACCACGUGGGGCGCCGCGGCGAGGUCGUCGUCGACUCUCUCACCUUCCCGGUGAACGGGCUCUCGCGUAACAACUUCACGGUCCUGAUUAACAACCGGAAGGCGCGCACCGGCGAGAGGGUCGAGGUGGCCAUCUACGGGGAGCCCGGCGCCUUCGUCGCCCUCUCGGGCAUCGACCGGGCCUUCUACGCCAUGCAGGCCGGCAACGAGCUGACCUACGCCAACGUCGUGGCCAAGAUGGCGCACUUCGGCGAGGAGACGAACGGCACGCACUCGCACUCCUGGGUCUUCCACGAGGGCGACCCCGACGAGGUGGUGCACUUCCCCUCGUCGACCUACGGGGUGGACGCGAACCGGACCUUCGAGUACGUGGGGCUGGUGGUGUUCACGGACGCGCUGGUCUACCGGCGACCCGAGGUGUGCAACCGCACCCAGGGCCAGGCCGAGUGUCUCAGCGGCCGCUGCUACCGGGCGGAGAAGCGCUGCGACGGCGUGGCCGACUGCGAGGACGCCACCGACGAGGCUGGCUGUCCGGCCGGGAACGCGACCGAGCUGUCCGAGUUCCGGAAGCGACGCUUCAACCGGGUGCAGCGGCAGUACGACAACGCGUGGCUGUGGCGCGACGUCAACAUCGGGCCCCACGGCAGGCAGAUCUUCGAGGUCGACGUGCCGCGCCGGCCGGUGCACUGGAUGGUCACGGCCUUCGGGGUGAGCCCGACCGCCGGCUUCGGCAUGCUGCCCAGGGCGCUCGGCUACACCGGGGUGUUGCCCUUCUUCAUCAACGUGGAAAUGCCCGAGCGCAGCCGGCAGGGCGAGCAGGUCGGAGUGCGCGUCUCGGUCUUCAACUACAUGGAGCACGACGUGGAGGCGACGGUCGGCCUGGCCGGGUCGCCCGACUACAAGUUCGUCCACGUCGAGGAGAACGGGUACGUGCAGUCGUACCGGCCGCGCACCUCCUUUGGGGAGCACCAGUUCUUCGUGUGGAUCCGCGCCCAGGACGCGGCGGUGGUGUACCUGCCGGUGGUGCCGGUGCGGCUGGGCGACGUCGAGGUGACCGUCUACGCCAGGACCCUGGUGGGCAGCGACCGAGUGACCCGGGUGCUGCGCGUCGAGCCGGACGGCCUGCCGCAGUACCGGCACCAGUCGGUCCUCCUCGACCUCAGCAACCGGGCCUUCGUCUUCCAGUACAUGCACGUCAACGUGACCGAGACGCCCCUCAUUCCCUACGACGAGGAGCGCUACUACGUCUUCGGCUCGAACCGCGCCGUCGUGACGGUGGUCGGCGACGUCGUGGGCCCGGUCUUCCCGACCAUGCCCGUCAACGCCACCAGCAUGCUUAACCUGCCGAUGGACUGCGCCGAGCAGAACAUGUUCGGCUUCGCCGCCAACAUGUACACGACCCUGUACAUGCGGCUGGUGAACCAGCGGAACCGCACGCAGGAGAAGGAGUCGUUCUACCACAUGAACAUCGGGUACCAGCGGCAGCUCUCCUUCCUGAACCCGGACGGCUCGUUCGGGCCGUUCCGCAGCGACUGGAACCGCACGUCGCCGAGCGUCUGGCUGACGGCCUUCUGCGCGCGCGUCUUCCAGGAGGCGAGCUUCUACGAGUGGGAGAACUACCUCUACAUCGACCCCGAGGUGAUCGCGCGGGCCGUCUCCUGGGUGCUGGACCACCAGACCGAGAAGGGCUCCUUCUACGAGGUGGGCGGGCUGCCCGACCGCAAGGUCAACGGCUCGCUGCUGGGCCGCGGCCAGGACGACCCGGUGGCGCGCCGCAACGUCAGCCUGACCGCCCACGCGCUCAUCACCCUGGAGACGGUGCGCGACAUCUCCGGCGGCCUGGGCUCGAGGAUCGCCCUGGGCGCCGCCAACGCCGUUCGCUGGCUCGAACAGAACCUGCGCCUCCUGGAGGAGCACGGCCGGCCCUACGACGUGGCCAUCGUCGCCUACGCGCUCAUGCUGGCCAAGGCCUCCACGGCCGAGCAGGCCUUCCGGUUGCUGACUCGCCACGCCCGCAGCGACGGCGGCCUCACCUACUGGGCCAGGGAGGCCGUCCCUCUGCCCCCCUACAAGCUCGAGAACCAGAAGCCCUUCCUGCUGCCGAGGCUGCCCUACGAGUUCGACGCCGAGAACGUCGAGACGACCGCCUACGCCCUCCUGGUGCACGUCGCGCGCCAGGAGGUCGCCGUCGAGCCCAUCGUCCGGUGGCUCAACGCGCAGCGCCUCACCGACGCCGGAUGGGCCUCCACCCAGGACUCCGUCUGGGCCAUGAAGGCCCUCAUGGACUACACGGUGCGCUCGCGGAUCCGCGACGUCAGCUCGCUCGCCGUCACCGUGGAGGCCACCGCCCUGCCCGGCCAGGUGCGCACCCUGCGCGUCGACGAGCGCAACCUGGCGCGCCUGCAGCGCGUCGAGAUCCCCGAGGCCUGGGGCACCGUCAAGGUGCAGGCCAAGGGCGCCGGCUACGCCAUCCUCCAGAUGUCCGUCCAGUACAACGUCGACACCCGCCGCUUCCAGACCCAGCCGCCCGUCCGCUGCUUCGACCUCCGCACCAGGGCCAAUUUCCACGGGAGGAACCAGUCGCGCAUCACCUACACCUCCUGCCAGCGGUGGACCAACCUCCGCGAGUCGCCGCGCUCCGGCAUGGCCGUCCUCGACGUCGCCGUGCCCACCGGCUACAUAGUCCAGCAGCAGACCCUCGACGCCUACGUCCUCGCCAACCGCGCCCGGAACCUCCAGCGCGCCCGAUUCCUGCCCACCAAGGUGCUCUUCUACUUCGACUUCCUCGACGAGGAGGAGACCUGCGUCGACUUCACCCUCGAGCGCUGGAUGCCCGUCGCCAACAUGUCCCGGUACCUGCCGAUCCGCGUCUACGACUACUACGCCCCCGAACGAUUCAACGAGUCCAUCUUUGACUCCUUGCCGACGUAUCUCCUCAACAUCUGCGAGGUCUGCGGCAGCUCCCAGUGCCCGUACUGUUACAUCUACAACGCCGCGACCCUCUUGGUCGCUCCGACCAACCCGCUUCUCCUGGUGUCGGUCCUCCUCGCCACCGUCGUCUACCUGAAGACGCAGCACUGCGGCGCCGGAUAACCGUCCGUCCAUUCCUCGCGACGUCCACGCGGUCAACGCGGUUACCCUGGUUACCCCGAAGGAAGGAAAGCGAAGAGAUUCGCGACGCCAAAGCCGACCGCGCCGGAGGUCAAAGGGUGUCAAGUACAAACGCGACCUCCCCCGCACCGCGGGGGAGGGAAUCUUUUUAAACCUCGAGGAAGGUUCGCCGGCUCCGGUUCGGUACCACCGCCCUACCGCGAGGGCGAGCCGUCCCCUCGAACCGUGCCUUAUCGAGUAGGGACGAGAAAAGUCGCACCUGCUGCUAAACAAUUGUAAAUAGUAGAAGGGGUCGCGUACCCUGGGAAAGCGCUGCCUCCGCGAAAUAGGAACGCGACAAUGACUUCUUGCACCCUUGCGGUUCUGGGGACGUUGCACGACGCGUCACCAGGGUGUCCCUUGGGUUUCAGCUAGGAGGCUUUCUGGAUUUUACCACGAGACGACCGCUACGAAUUUUUUAUGCCGUUUUUAUCUUUGUUCGUGCAAUGUCCCCGUUAUGUUAAUUAGCAACGACGAGAGUUACGUGUAAUCGUUUCACGCGUUAAAGGUCUAUUUUGCUAUUUAGUACUAAUGCCAGUUCAUCCAGAUACUUAGGACGUUAAGUUAAACUUAAAUGUAAUUACUUGCGACAAGGACGAGCUCUCGAAGGAUUUCUAAACUCUGAUUCCUUUUAAUCCUCGUAUUGCACGAAACUAUAUUGUUUUUUAAUCGUCGAUCUUUCGAGAGCACGUCUCGCGUCUUUCUCUUACUCUUACGAAGCCGUCCAUGCGAGCCAUUCCGUUCUCGAAUUUUUUUUAACUUUAUACCUGUUUUAUAUAUAUAUACAUAUCUUUUAAUAUAUGUAUACAUUUUAGAAGUACCGUCGGUUAUGGCGUUGUUUAGACCGUUGCACGACUACGUUCAGCCGUUAAGGCAGUCGAUGUAAAAAUUAAAGACAGCUGUUUGCACUUUCUUCGUAUCUUGCUAAAGAUGCGACUCGUCGACGGUGGACGUUUUUACGACGUCCCAAGUGCGACGCGAAUGUGAUGCACGCGUUACGUGACAACGGGCACUGAAUUGAGAAUUUUUAACGACACGUUACACAUCUGAAAAAGUUUUUAUAAUCUUUGUAUAAAUAAACUAUUGAAACAUUC